GUGUAUCUUAAAAUCAUGGAGAUGAAGAUGGGGAAUCCCAUUUACCCCCUACUUACUCCACAGAAAGUUUACCAAUCACAAGUAUGCAUUUGUACCUCGGCAUCGGUUCAUUGCUUGGAAGCUCAAGCACUCAUGAAAUACCAACGCAUAUGUCAACGCCUUCCAAAUCAUCGUUGACCGAGGGCCGAAUUCGUUGAUCAAAAGGCACUCUUAAAAUAAAACGUUUGAAUUCCUCCAUCCAUACCUUUUUCUCCAUAUCAAUCAUUCAAAAUGUCGCCUCCGCAAUGGGUCAAAGACUUGAGGCCAUCCGGUCCGCAAGGUACUGAGCUCAUCAAGGCAGAGAGGGAGAAGUCUAAUAUAGAUGUCGAGAAGCUCUCGAACUUUUUAUUUACGAAAGAGGUACUCGAGCGUCAGGAAAGUGUAUUGAAGAUUCUCCAAGCCGAUAAAGUAUUCGACAAAUCGAAUAACUAUUUCGAUGGUCGUGUGGAUAGAUUCAAGAGUUCCCUCGCGAAGGCGAAAAGACUUCGUCAACUACAAGUCAAGCACAACUGGAGUGAAGAUGAAUUUCGGGCCGCCAAUGAUCUCAUCAGUGAGCCAACUCCUUUUGGCCUUCAUGAAACCAUGUUUUUGGUGAGUUGAUUCAUGUUCUGAAUGUUGUCAUUAUGUUAAUCAAUAUCAAGACCACCCUGCGUGGUCAAGGUACCCCCGAACAACACAAAUUAUUCCUCGAACCCGCUGAGAACUACAAGUAUAUUGGAUGUUAUGCACAGACAGAAUUGGGACACGGAUCGAAUGUGCGAGGUUUAGAAACAACUGCUACUUGGAAUCCGGAAGACAAGACAUUCAUCCUUCACUCGCCACAUCUCACUGCCUCAAAAUGGUGGAUUGGAUCUUUAGGGAGGACUGCAAAUCAUGCUGUAGUCAUGGCACAGCUUAUUAUUGCGGGAAAGCCCUAUGGUCCACAUCCCUUCGUGUGCCAAAUCAGAGAUUUGGUAACCCAUGAGCCUUUGGAGGGUGUUUAUGUUGGUGAUAUUGGACCAAAAUUUGGCUACAACACCAUGGAUAACGGAUUCCUGUUAUUGAAUCAUGUCAAGAUUCCACAUAUCAACAUGCUGGCCAAGUUCUCUAGGGUUGAUCCGGAAACCAGCAAAUACGUCAAGCCAUCAUCCCCAUCCUUGAUUUAUGGUACUUUGACUUGGGUCCGAUCAAGCAUCGUUCUCCAAUCCGGUGGUGUCUUAGCUCGAGGUGUGACCAUCGCAACAAGAUAUGCCUCUGUCAGACGGCAAUUCCAAGAUCGUGAUGCUGGACCUGAUGCAUCUGGGGAGAAUCAGGUUCUCAACUACACAAUGGUACAAUACCGAUUAUUGCCAUUGCUUGCAGCGACCUUUGCUUUGCACUUCACCGGAAAGGCCAUGAUGGGGUUAUACCAAGAUAAUCAGAAGAGAAUGCAAGAGAAUGCUGCAACUGCUUCUGAUAACAGCAGGGGUGCUGGCCCGGAGGAGCUCAACUCCGGAAGUGAUUUAUUGGCCGAUCUACAUGCUACAUCAUGUGGUCUCAAGGCUCUUGGAAGCACCACCGCUGCCGAAGGUCUUGAAGUUUGCCGUAGAGCAUGUGGUGGUCACGGAUACUCAAGUUUCAGUGGUAUUGGCACUUGGUAUGCCGAUUACCUUCCAACUACAACAUGGGAAGGAGAUAACUACAUGCUCACCCAGCAAGUAGCUCGAUAUCUUCUCAAAUCCGCUCGCGCUGUAUUGAAGGGAAAUGUCCCCAAUAACGACACUACCAGAAUCUUCACAACUUUCCUCCAGAAGCAAGAUAUGGGUGCUGCGCACGAUAUUCUUGGCUCAGAUUCUGAUAUCGUCGCCGCUUUCGCUUGGAGAACAUCUUUCUUAGCAUUUGAAGCCCUCAAACAUCGUGAUGCAGAAAAGGAAUCAUGGAACUCUCUUCUCGUCGAUUUCUGGCGUCUCAGCACUGCGCACUCUCAAUACCUAGUCGUCAAAAACUUCUACGAUGCUCUUCAAAGCGAGUCGCUCCGCUACGAACUAGACGCCGAAACAAUCGAUGUUCUUCACAAACUCUACCGUCUCUACGCUCUCAACACUCUCGAGAAAGAAGCAUCGGAAUUCUAUUCCUCGGCUGCUGUCACCGUGCGUCAAAUCCAAUUGGCGAGAACCAAGACUGUCAUGAACUUAUUAUCCGAGAUAAGACCACAUGCAUUACGUCUUGUUGAUGCAUGGGCAUUCCCUGAUUGGCAACUUGACUCUUCUCUAGGAAGAAAGGAUGGCAAGGUCUACGAGGAUAUGUUCUACAGAGCAAGUCAGUUGAAUCCGCUCAAUGGACUGACGGUUGAUCCGUAUGCGGAUAAUGAUAAUAUCGUUAAGAGAGAUGAGACAGAGAGGUUCAGGAGUAAGUUGUGAUAGGAGUGUAUGCAGAUGUAUAUGUUUUUGUAUUAUUUUAUGGUAUGGAAUUUCGGUUAUGCAUGGUUAGAAGGGGAGCGUCAAGCGUUUUAUAUAGAUAUAGAUAGAGGAUUAUAUACAUAGAACAAUAGACUCAAGGUUAGAAAUACAAAUCCUCACCACUUUCUUGGAUAUCGGAUGUCAGUCCAUGUUUUAUUUCUUAGUGUUGUGUUAGUGUAGUGUUAGUGAACAUGGAAGAACACAGUAUCUCAUGCC